GCCCAGCCCGGUGGGGAGGGAGGAGAGGAAGCAGACACACGCAUGGUGAAGAGUUGAGAUGUCUGACAGUAAAAUCCCGACGAGGAGCUGCUUCUUUCACGGCAUCACGUCUGUUUCCACCUGACACGUCGUCCCUCCCAUCUCCUCACACGACGCGCACGGUCACGCACGGCAGAGCGGCGGGGAGGACGCGAUAGAUGUGGACCGCAGUGGCACCGGCAGCGCGCCGCCUGCAGCAGACGGCGACGCAACAACAGCUCAGCAUCUCCGGCACCGCUGCAGCCGCACAGCCAACACCGGCAGCGCGUCUCCUGGUAUGAGGAAUAGGGAGCUGCUGGAGGUGUCCCAUGGGCAUGUUUGUCCUCUGGCCGAUCAGACGCUGUGUCUCUGCUCUGCACACAGACACUCUGGGAGGCAGAAGAAAGACUGUCUAAAAAUAAACUGACACCCACCACCAGCAGAAAGCCAAAACCGACUCUCAGAAAAGAGGCGAAAAAAAGGACAAAGAAGAACCUCUCUUUCACCCUGCCCGACUCCUUCCCUGCUCCACUUCUGCUUCUCUGUCCUCAUUAGUGAGGAGGUCAUGUCCCAGUCUGGAAAAGUCCUUCAUCUGUAUGUGGAAGUGAGGUCUGCCCCAGAUCAGAAUGCAGGAAAAGGGCCGUUUGGGGAGAGUGAAGGAGGGAUUGCUCAGGGGCAUUCGGUUCAGGACAGUCCUGCGGAGCUCCUCUCUCAGCUAGCGAACCAGACCACCUGCCAGACGGUCAGCAAGGCCUCUACAGCUCACCGCCUGGUUCAGGACUGCACACACAGCCAGUCUCCAUCUAAAAACACUGUUAGCUUCCAGCUCCAGCAAGCCGGCAGCUCACCGACAGUCGCCAAGCGUUGGAGUUCGCCCAUCCACACUUCACCAACUUUGGGAAAGGUUCCUCACGCUCCUCCCAUCGGCCAGAGCGAUGGGAAGCGAUCUGUGGUCACCUUCAGUUACGUUGAAAAGUCGAACGUGAAGACUUUGGACAGUCCACGAAACUCUGUGUGCGAGAGACGAACCAGAGAGGAACGAUCGACCCCUUCCCACGUCAGAAAACGCUUCAGCGACCCAGUUUGGUUUGGGAGUCCUGAUUCAUCGUGCAGCUCCAGUCCCAAGCUGACAUUCCAAUCUCCGGGAAGUCACCAGCAGACGUUCUCCCCCGGCUUUCGCCAGCCUCACCUGGACCCUAUCGGCAGGGCAGCUACCCAGAGGGCUGUGGAGGAGUUCGGCUCCCCAUUACUGAGGAUUAAACUGGCCCAUGCCCUCGAGCACACCUCAUCCUCACGCUACAACCAACAGCCACGCUGUCAGUCGUGGGCCGGGUCUCCUGUUCAGCGGCAGAACAUCAGCGUAAACCCCAAAGACCACCUCGCUGACAGGAGCCAGGCUAUUUGUGGGCUGCCUCGGAGCCCGGCGUCCGACCAGCUGUCUUUCCAGUCCAGGCCCCGUUCGAGACCCGUGUCCUGUGCCGAGCCCCAAAGCCCCCUUCACUGGUCGGGAGAGGACAGAACUAUGGCAGGAAGUCCAGCCUCCAAAAGACACAGGGCCUGCAACAGGAGCGCUUCACCACAAGGAGCGAUCCUACAACUUGGCAAUAACGGAGUCGAGGGUUUGAACCAGUUAAGCGACAGCAAAUCUUCGUCUCCAGCUCACAGCCCUGAAGUCGCCCGCAGGCUGGCGGAGGAGGCCACCAAAGUAUCGUCGAUUUUCACCGAGGCCAGGAGGUCCUCAUUGCACAACGCUUUAGGCGAGCUCACAAGCAGUUCAAACUCUGGAGAAUCAGCUCCAAAUGCACAACAGUUUAAGCAAACGCUUAAGAUGAACAUCCCUUUAAACGACCAGCCCACGCCAGCAACUGAAAACACAGACUCUCACCAGCCUGAAAACUCUGUCUUGCAGUCACAUGAGACAAACUCCCAUAUUAACAAUGACACACAGCAGGAGGACUGCAUUCAGAAAGCCCAGCAUCAGAGCUCCGUUUUAUCAGCAGCUCAGAGUUCUCCAGCUCUUCCCUCACGUGUCCUUCGUCCUUCUCAUCCUCCCACUGAGUUCAGUUCUCCCAUCAGGGACCCCAGGCUUUUCCAGACUGAGCUCCGAGCACCGGAUACCCCGACCCUGCACCGCCGACAGCCACCACAGUACACCGGAGACUCCUGGUCCCCGACUCUGGACCGAAGAGGAGACCUGAGCUGCUUUGAGAAAGGGGACUGCACUGAGCUUGCUCGCAGGCUCUUUAUUAAUCAGAGUGUUGAGGAGGCACCGGUCAGCUGGACUUCCAGACAACAGUGGGGGGACCUCACGGAGAACAACCCGGGGCAAAACCCUCAGCCUGAAUCCAACAAUGACCAAACUCCUGAUCAUCAACACAGGCAGCGCCGCCGGCCGCUCAGCCCCACGGCUCAGCAGAAAAGGGCCGAGCAGAGGAGGAGGGAGAUCCUUCUUCUGGGUCCUGUGGCGCUCGACUCUGCAGAGGAGGAUGAGGGUUGUGAUGAGGAAGGACAGGGCAAUGAGGUGGAGGGAUACGGUGCACCACAGAGGGUGGAAGAACCUGCAGAGGUGGAGCAGAAUGGAGUGAUGGGAGGUUCGUCCUCGCGGAGCUCCAGCGGGGUGACGGGGAGUUUGGGUGACAGAGACUGUGUUUCCCCAGAGUCCAGUCAGUCCAGUCACCAGAGCAACGAGACCGGAGCUGCCACCUCAGGAAUACAGACGGACAGCGGCUGUGCAGCUCCAGUUCCUUCGCUGCACUGUCAGAGGAUCGCAAGAGCAAAGUGGGAGUUUUUAUUCGGGACUCCUGCUGAGGAGGCAGCUGGCAGGGGGGAGAAAAAUUCUCUGGAAGCCUCCACAGCGCCUCCUAGUGGUAACUCCAGCGAGUCUCCCACCCCGACUCCCCCGUCCUCCCUGCCGCUGCUGUCGGCCAACCACGAGGUGCAGCACGUGGAGGUGGAGCUGGUGACUCCUCCCCCGGCCGUCAUCGGGACGUCCCCCAAAACCGGCAUCAUUCGCCGGACGCUGAAGUAUUCGGAGACGGACCUGGACGCCGUCCCGCUGCGCUGCUACCGAGAGACGGACAUCGACGAGGUGCUGCUGGCCGAGCAGGACGACGCAGACUCAGCGUUCGGGAGCAACCGGAGCGUCCAGGGAACCUCCGGGACCGGCAGCAGCCCUCUGGGGGGGCUGGCUUACGGGAGGACGGAUGGGGAGGAGGUGGGGGAUAGAGGAGAGGGAAGGGGGGAGGCUGAAGAUGAUGAAGAGGAAGAAGAGGAAGAAGAGGAGGAAAUGGUGAGCUGGGCCAGCGUGAGGAUGCAAGGAGACAGCAGGAAGCAGCAGUAUGCAGCCGAGGAGGAACCGGAGGUGUUCGGACACCUUCUGAAGAGACCCAUGGAGACGUUUUUCGACAACCACCACCCGGCCCUGAAGUCCCCCAUCCUGGUGUCUGGGCCCCGCCUGGCCGCCGAGGACACCUUCAGCCGCCACUUUGAGAGCAUCAUGGAGUCGCACCGAGCCAAAGGGACGUCCUACAACAGCCUGGACUCCGAGGAGCUGCUGACCUCCAGCACUCAGACCGUCCUGACCUUCGACCUGCCCACGCUGACCCCGGCCAUCCACGGCCCGGUGUGUCAGAGCGCCCGGCAGAUCGUCCAGCUCAGCUUCGCGCCGCUGGCUCACGACGAGAGGCCCAGUCUGUCUGAUUCUAUCUUCACGGUGACGGGAGACUCCGACGCCACCAGAGCUCCGUCCAGCGAGAGGCUGAGCAGCGGUUCGGACGAUACGCCACCCAGAGGACAGGAGUGUUCACAGCUGGGCAGCAGCUGGUACAGCAACCCCACGUUCUCCUUACCCAGCAGGGAAAAGGCCCGUCUGGCGACAGACUCGGAGCUGGACCAGGACCUCAGCGACCGGCUGGGUCUGGGCAGCAGCGACACGCUCACCAACGGCAGCCACCGGGCCGACGUGGCGGCCGCCAAACGCCUCGCCAAACGUCUCUUCAACCUGGACGGCUUCAGGAAGUCCGAUGUGGCGCGACACCUCAGCAAGAAUAAUGACUUCAGCCGCAUGGUUGCAGAAGAAUAUCUCAGUUUCUUCAACUUCACAGGCCUCGCUCUUGACCAAGCACUGCGGACUUUCCUCAGGCAGUUCGCUCUGAUGGGCGAGACUCAGGAGAGGGAGAGGGUCCUGUCACACUUUUCUAGGCGUUACUUGGACUGCAACCCUAAAGUCAUGCCAUCAGAGGAUGCAGUCCACACUCUCACCUGUGCCCUAAUGCUGCUCAACACUGAUCUCCACGGUCAGAACAUCGGUAAGAGGAUGUCGUGCACGCAGUUCAUCGGCAACCUGGAGGGACUGAACGACGGCCAAGAUUUCUCCAAAGAUCUACUCAAAGCUCUUUACAACUCGAUCAAGAAUCAGAAGCUGCAAUGGACACUAGACGAGGAAGAGCUGCGGAAGUCGUUUUCGGAGCUCGGGGACAGUCUGUGCGAGUCCAACACCUCCAGGUCCAUGAAGAGGGUCGGCAGCAGCGGGAAGCCCCUUUCGGAUGAGACGGAGCCAUCGGGAACGCUGCUCUACAAGAACGGCUUCCUGGUCCGGAAAGUCCACGCCGACUCCGACGGGAAGAGAACACCAAGAGGGAAAAGAGGCUGGAAGACUUUCUACGCCAUUCUAAAAGGGCUCAUUCUCUACCUGCAAAAAGGCGAGUACAGGCCUGACAAGCAGCUGUCAGACGAGGACCUGAAGAAUGCCGUCUCCAUCCAUCACUCUCUGGCCAUGAAAGCUUCCGACUACAGCAAGAGACCCAACGUUUUCUACCUGCGCACCGCCGACUGGAGGGUUUAUCUCUUCCAGGCCCCGAACGCGGAGCAGAUGCAGUCCUGGAUCACUCGCAUCAACACGGUGGCGGCCAUGUUCUCAGCUCCUCCCUUCCCAGCAGCCAUCGGAUCCCAGAAGAAGUUCAGCCGACCGCUGCUGCCGGGGACCAUGUCCAAACUGACCGAGGAGGAGCAGGUCAGAUCUCAUGAAACGAGAUUCAGAGCUAUUUCCACCGAGCUGGCCGAGCUGCGAUCGUUUCCUCCCGACCGCAAGGUGAAAGGCCGCGAGCUGGAGGAGUACCGGCAGCGAGACGAGUACCUGGACUUUGAGAAAACGCGAUACGGGACUUACGUGAUGCUGCUUCGAGCUAAGAUCCGGAGCGGCGAGGAGGACCUGUCGGUGUUCGAGUCCCAGCUCCUGGAGGACAACGGCCUGCAGAGGGCGCACUCCAGCCCCACGCUGCAGGACAGCAGCCAGGCCAGCCUGGCCAGCAGCACCAGGGACGGAGGCAACAGCAGCAAAGCCAGCGGCUGCAGCGGCACCAAGCCUCGGCAGGAAGGCCAGAGACACAGCUACCGGCAGGCCGUGAAGAAGUGAGGCGGGGCGGGGGGCCGGGAGCGGCACGGCGUUGCACUGCCAGCAUCAGGCCGUCUCCCUGCACGGGCUUUUAUUUGAGAUCCAGGAGGGUUUGGAGCUCUGCUUGAAGGGGGGAGCAGGAGUGAGGGUCUGACCCCACGCCCUCCCCCGACCACGACGCCCCACCCGGCACCCCCAAUCUUCUCAUCCAACAGAGGAGGUGCAGAUCCUGUGACUGGCGGAGCGGCUGGAAGCAGCAGCAGUGAGGUGCAGGAGGUCACAGGUGUGCAGGGUUGAAGGUGUCUUCAGGACCUGGGAGCAGCAGCAGACUGAGCUGAGCAGCCUCACCAGGAGCUGCAGACGGAUGACCGGGGCUCCACAGGGCCCUCAUCCAGCAUCCUUUCCUCCCCUUCCCUUCUUUCCAGGCACCUCACAUUCUCCCGCCUUUUUUUUCGUGACCUUGCACUCUGUUUUUUCGGGACCAAACACGUUUACACACUUUAACUUUGUCAUCGCAUCGCAUCCGGCCGACGGUUUGGCUUCAGCUGAACCGCUGCGGACUUAUCGCCGGCUCCUUUCUUUUUGCCACAUCACCACGGUGUGUUCACAUUCCACACAGGAGCCGGAAGGUACAGCUUUUUUAGCUUCUCUGCGUUUCCCCUGAAGGCGGCAUCAGGUUGAACGAGUCGUCUCUCUUCCGUUAGUAGAUGUUACCAGACUCCUGAUAUGCAGCGACAGAACUGCAUCUCACAGACAGAGGUGGUGUUUUUGUUUUUGUUCUGUUUUCCUUUGCUCUACUCGAACAUCUUUCCCAGUUUGCUUUGCUUCUUGUCCCGUGACGUGCUUCUGUUCUCCUUCUACUUCUUGGCUGAAUGUUGUUUUCUGCAGUGAUCCGCAUGCCUGCAUCCAGCGCAGCUUCUUUUAGGGCCUUUUUACUACUCUGAGCGCAGCACCAAAUCAAUCAUCCUCUGGGGGUUGUUUUACAUCGUUCUCCUCAUGCCGGUGCCAUAAUCCAACAACCUUUCGUCUGUACUUAUAGCCGCUCAUUUCUGCUGUAAACCCUGUGUUGACACUCACCGGGCAGACCCUGAAUGUUGUUGUUUUCUCUGUAUUUUUACGGUAUUUUACAGUCAUUUGUUGUUGUUGAGCCUCCUGUGUGUGUCAAGUGUACGAUGAAAUAUGAUAUUGAAGAUGUAAAAGGAAAUAUGUUACCCAUACUCUUUGUAAACACCCAGGAUAUGUUGUAUAUAACGCACCACCUGCUUAUAUUGUAGGAUACAUGAUGGUAUAUUUACAAUAUAUUCAGCACACUGAUGUGACGAUGCAUUAUAGGUACACUUAUCUUCGUGUAAGUCCCGCAACAUGAUAAUCACGUGUUGCUUUUUUUUAUUAUUUAAUAUGAAUAUUAUAGUAUGUACCUAUCAAAGAUUAGUAAAGGUUGUUUUUGGCGGCGGGUUUGCGCAGGAAGUAUUCCAAAGACAGCGCAUGGUUUGCUACGAGCAUGAUUUUAGUCGGAUCAGGGCUGAUUGUGUUCUUAAAGAUGCAUGAAAAAGGGUGAGGAAUGUGAAAGUGUGUGUUUUUAGGGGGACGGACUGGUCUAAAAUAUGGAACCAUGUAAUGUUUGGUAGCCAUAUACACCUCAUAGCAUUACCGAUGCAUAGCCAUUUUCUACUCAGGCUUUAAAAAAGAAAAAACACACCUUUGAGCAGCUGCAGCGCCAGCGUUCAACCAGCAGGGAGAGCUGUCAACAUUUCAGCCAUAAUCACACCUGCUGCACCUGCAGUCAAUAUGCACGGCGUCGUUUGCUUAAAAGGAGGCGACGCAGGGCUAAAAAACUACUUAAAAAACAAGGAAACAGGACGUGUUUGUGUUUACCUGCGGAUGUGGAGUCUGUUUGUGUGUUGGGAGUGUGUGUCGGCGUGUGCAUGCUGGGAACUGCGCUGGUUCCUUCACUUUGGGUUUGUCGUCAUCCAGCAGCAGCUCCCCGUGUCGUUGUACUUUAGAUUUGUACAGUUUCUAGUACAGAUGAUUGAAUAUUCAGGCUUCAGCAUAGCAAAGUGUUUGUCUCUCAGUCGUGUUCCUGCUGCAGUGUGGAGCUCAAACAUUUACAGGUUGACGGAAUAUUAAUCCAACAGUGUUUUCGCCAUCGUCUGAGUCAUUGUUACGCAAAAAAUCUGAAACAUUCUCAGCUCCAGUUUCUCCAUCAUGAGGGUCAAUAUACAAUUGAGGGACUUUUGAAGUUGAAAAUUGUCCAAAAUGACUUGAAAAUGAUCCAUAAUUACAGAAAAUUAGUCUAGAAUGACAUGAAAUUUGUCCUAAAUGACUUGAAAAUUAUCCCAAAGACACAUAAAUGAUCCAAAACAACAAGAAACGAUCUGAGCGGAUAUUAAAAAGUGUCCAAAAUGACUCAGAAAUUGUCCAAAAUGACUCAAAACUUGUCCAAAAUGACUUGAAAAUGAUUCAUAAUUACAAAAAAUAGUCCAGAAUGACAUGAAAUUUGUCCUACAUGACUCGAAAAUGAUCCCAAAGACACAAAAAUGAUCCCAAAUGAUGAGAAACGAUCCAAGCUGACAUAAAACUUGUUGAAAAUGACUCAAAAAUUGUCUGGAUCAGUAUAUAAUUUAGGGUCUUUGAAGUCCAUGGGAUAUAUCUUCAUACGCCUUUAAUAAAAAUAACAAAACUAAUGUUUUUUUUAUGUUCACAAUGAUCAUGUCUUUACAAAUUCCGUAAUUAUUUAUUAUGGAAACAAUCACUUAUUCAUAAAAAAUGACUUGAUAUCACUAAAACAUCAACUAAAUAACCGUCCGAAUUUAAUACCAACCACCUUCUAAUUAGCUAAACAAUAAUAAAAUGAGCUGAUUCAAAAAAUUUUUUGAUUGUGUUCUUUUUAUUAAGUUGAGAUGACUCAAAACUUGUCCAAAAUGACUGAAAAAAUGUUCAGAAUAACUUGGAAAAUGAUCGAUAAUUGCAGAAAAUUUGUCCUGAAUGACAUGAAAUUUUUCCUAAAUGACUGGAAAAUGAUCCCAAAGACACAAAAAUGAUCCAAAGUGAUGAGAAAGAUUCAAGCUGAUAUUAAAACUUGUUGAAAAUGGCUCAAAACUUGUCCAGAAUGACUUGAAAAUGAUCCAUAAUUACAGAAAAUUAGUCUAGAAUGACAUGAAGUUUGUCUAAAAUGACUUGAAAAUUAUCGCAUGUCAACAGGUUUACUACAAUAUCUUUAUAAAUAACUUUCAAUUUUACUCAGUUGUAUAUAUAAUAUUUAGAAGAAUCUUUCUCUAAAAUGCCAUGUGGUGUUUGGUUAUAGGUGACCAUUUGAUUUUAGACCUGAAAACAGCAAAAAUGUCAACUAUGAUACAAAAAGUCACACAAUUAUAUAUUGACCCAUGAGGAUUUAUGUCUUUUUAUUUGUCUUGUGUGACAGUAGAACUGACUGUCUUUGGGCUGUUUGUCAGUAGAGCUGCAACGAUUAGCCAAUUAAUCGAUUAGUUGUCAACUAAGUAAGUCAUUUUUUAAGCUAAAAAGUCUAAAUUCCAUAAUUCCAGCUUCUUAAAACUGAUUAUUUUAUGGUUUAUUUCCUCUUCUAUGACAACAAACUGAUUAUCUUUGAGGACGUCAUUUGGGGCUUUUGAUUUUCACCAUUUUCUAGACCAAACUAAUUGAUUAAUCAGGAAAAUGAUCAAUCAUUAGAAUAAUCAUUGGUUGCAGCCCUAUCCGUCAAGCAAAAUAAAUAAUUCAAAGACAUUUCCGAUGCUGUUUCUUCAUCAGUAAUGGAAAUAACGACUUAUUUUCAUCUCGUCUUGGGCUUUUCUUGUCUGCACUUCCCACCUUUUUUUUAAACUUUUUCUUCUCCGUGGCUCACUCUGGUGUUUUUAAAAAGGUUCAUGUGUAUAUUGUUGCCAUAACUGACGCCCUGUACCUUUUAGCAGUUAUGUAACUUGACUUUACAGUUGUGUAUUUAUUAAUAGUGUUUGACUGUGCUGUUUAUAAUGUCAGAAAGCAGCCAGACUCACGUUGAGCUCCUCAGCGUUCACUUACACAGAAAUCUCAUGCCCACACUGCGUAAAUGUAAAAGCACUUCUCAGAUUUUCACUCCUAACAAGCUGUCAUCUGAGUUACUUUUGGACUGACAGUAACAUCUUUGUGCACGUUUGAAUCGUUUUAGUACCACGUUGUCAAAACAUUUCAUGAGAAGCCGGCUGCAGCUGCUCUGAAGCUUUCAGUCAUCUUCAGGUUUAGAGAAGAGUCACAUUUCUACUUUGUUUUGCUGCUUCCCACAUCCAGAAAUCAUUCAUUAAUUUACAGCUGUUUGGUCAAUUGAUUAAUCUCUGCAGUCUUUAACCCUCGUGUCGUCCUGCGGGUCAAAAUUGACCCAUUUUAAAGUUUGAAAAUGUGGAAAAAAAAUAUAUUUUCACAGUGAAACUUCUGAUGUCCACAUUUUCAACAUUUUUGGGAAAUCUUUGAACAUUUUUUGGUGGAAAAAACGAAAUGUUAAAAAUGUUUCUUAAGAACAUUCACAAAAAAAUCAACCAAAAUCCAGCGAAUUUCACUGGAUUUUGGUUGAUUUUUAUGUGAAUGUUCUUAAAGAAAAUAUUGGAUAUUUUACUGAUAUAUAUGGAAUCACUUUAGAUAUUUUUAGGAUUUUUUUUUGAAUAUUUUACUCAUUUUUUGAAAAUAUUUACAAGAAUUUUCUUGCCAAAUUUGGGGGAUUUUUUAAAAAUAAAACUUUUAAGGGAAACUUUUAAGGAAUUAUUGGAAUUUUCAUCCUGAAGGUUUUGAAAUUUGGGGAAUUUUUUUUCUGAAUUUUUGUAUUUUUUUCAGACAAGGAAACCAUAUUUUUUGGUGCCCGUGAAUGAGGACAACAGGAGGGUUAAUCAAAACAAAACCACUUAAAUGUGUUUUGUUUUCUUUAUUUGUGCACAAAAUCAGUUUGGAUUGUGAAGAUUUUACACUAAUAUUUAUGUAAUUUAUUGUAAAAGUAUGUGAUUUUCCCCUUAAAGUCCUAAAAGAUAAGAUUCUUCAGUUUAAUGCACACAAGAUAAUAGAUUAUAUUAACAUUUCAGAUCAGCCACAACACUAAAACCACAGGCAGGUGAAGUAAAUCACAUGGAUUAUUAAAGAUUAAUGAGAUUAAAGAAGCCUUUAUCAUCAAUGCACAUGAAAAUACAAUGAAAUUCUGCUCGUCGUAGUGGACACUUUUUAAGAAAACGUCACAACUGGAUAAAUAGAAUGUAAGACUAUAUAUAUGGAAAUAUAUAUAAAAAUUGUGAUUAUAAUGCAGUUUUCUGUUGGAAACCUUGAGUCCUGGCAUUCAUGUGGAAGUUGCUUUGACAAGAGCCACCCAUUAAAACGUUCUUUAGUCACGUCCCAACAGAAGAAGCCUUCCUCCGCUGAAACAAUCUGCCCUACUAAACUGUAAAACUGCUCAGGAAUGACUCGAGGAACACGACCAAGAGCCUCAAGACUCCCCAGAUCACAAGCUGGGAACAAGCUUGAUCCAUGGCGACAGAAUCAGCUGUCAAAGCACCAGAGUCUGACACCACAGGACACCUCUAGAUGUCCAUAUUUCAGUGGGUCAAAGCUGUUUUGGCAGCACAAAAAGAACCUACACAAUAAUAAUGUUUUAAUUAAUGUUGUGGCUCGUUGCUGUGACUCCUGCACAAGAUCUCAGAUCAAUAACUUGGUUGUAAAAGUAUUUAAUCUCAUGUUUAAAGGCCAGAUUAGCUCGUUAGCUUUGAAAUCAGCUGACUGGUUCAUCUGGGGCUCAGUUGCCAAUUUUGGCCUGAUGUCUGCACAAGAUUAAAAUAAGCUCUGUGAACUUCAGGAUCACUGGAAGAACAGGUUUUGAAUUCUGUUCAAUAGAACUGCAACGAUUAAUCGAUUAUUUGUCAACUGUUACAUUAAUCACUGACUGAUUUGAUAGUUAAAUUAUUGGUUUGAGUCAUUUUUUACUUAAACAAAUAGCUGAAUUCUCUGAUUUAAACUUCUUAAAUGUGAUUAUUUUCUGCUUUCUUUCCUUCUCUACAACAGUAAACUAAAUAUUUUUGUGCUGAGGACAAAACAAGACAUUUGUUAUCUUGGGCUUUUUCACAAUUUUCUGAUAUUUUAGAGACCAAUUAAUAAUCACAGAUAAUAGUUAGUUGCAGCCAGAUACGGCAACAUUACAACCCUGAUGUUGGUUCUCAGAACAGGUUAAACCGCAGCGUUGUGUUUCAUUUCUGGCACGAAAGGCGAGUGUAAAGUGAAGCAAAACCAAACCACAUGUCAGCUGCGUUCAUCGUAUUUGAUGCUUCAGCAGCGGCAGCAUUUUAAUAGCACAGAAAUCAAGGCUGAGCUUCAAAAUUCAGCAUUAAACACAAGAUUUUACAAUGAAAUUACAAAAAUAGUCCCUCACAGAAGAAGGCAAAUCAUUUUGAGAGUAAAUAAUUACUUUUGUGGUGAAACGUAGAAAGUAUAAUCAGAAAUCUCACAUUUUGAAGAAAAAACUGCAUUAAAGUCGACCGCAGAGAGUUUAUUAAACAGGUAGACAUUAAAAUCCAUAACAACUGAAGAUGUAAUGAUUCAUUUUAAGCUUAAAAGUGUUAAAUUUGUGAGGUCAGAUACCAGUGUGGCGAGUAAAUAAUGCAGAUUACUUGCAGUAAUGGACUAAUUAUGGUGAUAUUCUGAUAUAAGAUCCAAAAAGCGACUAAAUCAACCCAUUUAAAGAGAGAACAUCCACUGAUUCCUGCUCUUUAAGGCUCCCUCUGCUACAGAUGGAUGUCUAAGAAAAGAAAAGCAGCUCUGCAGAGUCUCUGAGGUCCUUCCUUCCUCACCUCCUCUCUCAUGUCACCCAUCGCUUCCAUCAAAGAGCAGCUGCUGGGUCUCUGGUUAGUGUGGAAAUGUCUGGUUCCCGUGGCGACGGCGAAGCUGUCAGACGCAGGAAACGCUCCUUUAAACUGCUCCCAUCAUUCUGAAUGUAAAUAAAGCAUGAGAUACUACGGCCUGCUUUCAUUUCUACUACAGUUAGAGGGUUAAUAUAUAAGGUAGGUCGACGUUUUGUUCCUGUCCUUGAGCUCAUGGUCAUUUUUCUUUCUUUUUCUUACUUUUUUUUCCUUAUUUUCAAUCAAUGUGAAUGAUAUUUAAAGCUGUCGUUGUGUUUUAGAGAAUCAAGCCAGCUUAUAUGAGAUCUUUUUACACGUUCGGAGGUUCUGAUCUCAUCCAUCUCAAUGUUUUUUAGACCGGUGCAGGUAAAGGCAACGUUCAUUUGAUGCUAAACAUUACAGUGAGCUACGUGUGUCACUGCCUUGUUGAAAACUCACCAAUGGAAAAAUGUUGUUUGUUGAGCCUCUCAUUCUGGGAGGCGUAGAAGAUCAAAAAUAAAAGUGUUUUGAAAGGUU